UCAGGAACUACCCGUAUGCGUCCCAUAAUGCACCACGCAUAUUACCGUACCGAGACAUACAUACUGUCUUGGCACGCACGCCUCUCCGGUGAUGAACAGGAGGUGGUGCUCCGCUCGUGAACACAGAACCCCCAUUCCACCCCAGUACUAUCCCCAUCCAACCACUGUUUGUUCGUCCCGGACCUCCGCCUCGGCACGCAGCCGUCCCUCAUUGAGCCGCUCGGUGCCGCAGGACCAGCUGGUCCUUCCAGGCCCCCUUGCGUCCCAGGACCAGGCCGUUCCCUGGCAGGGACAGUGGUGCCAGUGGGCACCGUGGCCCCAGGCACCGGUACCGCCGGGACUCCGCUCCGUGGUGGGAGCAUCCCAGGCCCAGCCGACGUCGCCGCCUUGGCACCGUGAUGAGGCAGUGGGCACCGACCCUCCAGCACCGACUCGGGCCCCAGGUCAGGACGUCGAGCUACCGGCACAGCUGGGUGCAGACGACACCGCAGCACUGACCUCCUCGGCACCGGAUGACUCCGUGGCUCCACUUCCUCCGGUCUCUCAGGAGGAUUUCAAGGCCCACCAGGAGCUACUCAGGAGGGUGGCAUUGAACCUCCAGCUCCAGGCCGAGGAGAUGGAGGAACCAUCGGACAAGUUGUUCAAUGUCCUUACCUCCUCGAGGCCGGGCCGCGUGGCCUUCCUGCUCCAUCAGGGGGUGGCUAAUAUCACUACUGGCCUCUGGCAAACCCCGGCAUCCCUGGGUCCUAUCUCCAAAAAGGCCGAACGGAAGUACUUUGUGCCCACAAAGGGGCUCGAGUACUUCUACUCCCACCCAACUCCGAACUCUCUAGUGGUGGAGUCCGUGAACUACCGGGAGAGACACCGCCAACCCGCUCCCACCCCCAAGGACAAAGACGCUUGCAGGCUGGAUUCCUUUGGAAGAAAGGUUUAUUCGUCUGCGAGCUUUCAGCUCAGAGUGGCCAACCAUCAGGCACUCUUGAGCAGAUAUGACUUUAACCUUUGGGGACCCCUGCCCAAAUUUGAGCCUUCUGUUCACGAGCAGGCUAGGAAGGAGUUCCGGGCUCUAGUUGAGGAAGGUGCUGCGGCGACUAAAGCAGCGCUCCAGGUGGCCUCCGAUGCGGCGGACAUGGCCGCUCGUUCGAUGGCCGCAGCGAUCUCCAUGAGAAGGGCAUCCUGGCUUUCGCUCUCUGGACUAUCGGCUGAGUCCCAGUCGAUCAUGCAGGACCUGCCAUUCGACGAUCGGGCCCUGUUUGCAGAUCAAACAGACACGCGUCUGCACGGGAUGAAAGACUCUCAUACCACCCUGCAGACGCUAGGCCUGUACGUCCCGCCGGCCAAGGACAAGCCCAGGCCUCACACCUCCGCUCCACAGGCUCGGGGCAGAUAUGAGCCCCCGCGUAAGAAGCAGCGGGAGCAGAGGCUCCGGUCACAAUGUCAAUCCCAUUCGGCCCCUCAUCCGGGGCCCUCUAAGGCCAGGAGGCCAGGGAAGCAGUGUUUUUGACUGCUUGCGGGGGGUUACUGGGCCUGUUGCCAGGUUAACGCCCCCUCCCCCCCAGUUAAUAAAGUUCAGGUUUGCCAAUCGCU